UCGUCGGCGGUGGUUGUGUCGCGUUUCUCGAGCUUUUUUCUCUCCAUCUGUGUGUGUGUGUGUCUCGCGCGCGUCUUACUACCCCCUUACACUCCCCCUCUGCGGGCCACCAGCCGCGCGAAUAACUCGAGAAACCCCCAAUUGUGAAUUUUUGUACAAUGUUUUUGUAAAUUACAUGGAUGUAUUAUCCCAAGUUGAGAUUUUCAUCACAGCAAAUGAAAAUGCACGCGGGAUCCCGAAAUUUGGUGUUUGUGCGAGUGCAGGCAUCGCCUCGGAAGCAACAAUAACAAAGAGAAACAAGAGGAAAAACGGAAAAAGCGAUAAAAGCGAUAAAAGGUGAAAAAAAAUAGUGAGGAAGGCGGUGUAAAGUGUAAUCCAGUGUAAGGAGACCGAAACGCAGACUAUAUAUUGAGCGUAGUGCAACGAACCCUUACUUUCCCUUCGCGGACCAAGGACUCACCGCUUACCAAGUAAACGGUGAGCCAGUAGUAACCACCACCCCACCAAGCCUCCUGACUCAUCCUCUGGGCCAGGAAGAAGCUGAACCGAACUGGCGGACAGGCGGCCAUAGAAAAAGAGCAGCAGGAAUAUCGAUUUUACUCGCCCUUACACACACUCACUCACUCUACCCUGCCCACCGCCCACUUCAAUGAACUGCACUUGGGCGGAAAAACUGAAGGAAAAGCAUCACAACACACAUUAAAAGGAGACGUGUUAAAUAAAGGAGCAACAAAGAGGAUAGCAGCAUCAGCGAAAAUCUCAACAAUAUUUCUCAAGAAACAAAAGCCAAUCUCAAAUGAAUUUCACAAGUCGCGCCAACUGUAAAUGCCCUCAUAGCCAGAAGCAUCAGCCGCAGAAGUCCACUCUUAUCAAGAGUCACACCUGUGCUUAUCAGCUCCAGGAUCUCAGUGGCUAUAAUCGUGCCCUAAUGCCACCGCUGGACAAUACGGACUUUAGCAGUGCCUGGCGACAGGUGAACAAUAAUACCUCCAGUCACUCCUGUGCCUACCAUCAGCAGAAGGAGCAGCCGGAGGACUUGAAGAAGCAUUACCAUCAUCACACCUGUCCCAGGCAGCGGAAAAAGUCCUCCACUCCCCUGCCGCCCUUGGAAAUGUGUCCACAACCUCAGCAGCAGCGGAGAUCCCGCUCUGCCUCUGCCAAGCCACGACGGAAUAGUUCUUAUCACUCCUAUGAUGAUCUGGAUGUCUCCUCGGCGGUUCUCAGUGCCGAAAGGAAGGUGGUGGCCAGUUUAAAGUACCUGUGUGCCUGCACUGGAGCCACGUUAAGGAAUCUCUCCAAGAAGACCAAGGAUCUGCAUGCCAAGAACUAUACCUACACAAAGCCCACGUGGCGCCUUUGGGGCGAAGAGCACGAGAAAAAUGCAAUUUUCACUGUCUACCUGAAGAAGGUGCGCUACCACCGACCAACGCCCACGGCCAGCAAUGACUCUGAUGAUGAGAUCUCCCAUUUGGAGUGGGAAACAGUGCGAGUGCGCUUUGUGAAGGCGGCUACUUUAGCCCGGUUGGUGGAGGCUUUGGCCACCGAUGAUGGGGAACUGGAGUCGACAUUUAUCAAUGUGUUCCUGUCCACAUAUCGCACCUUCUCCACACCAAAGCAGGUGCUUAGUCUAUUGACGCAACGCUAUGAUGCGCUGCACGAGAAGCACCUGGAGGAGCUGGAGCAGGCACAGGAGAGUGGUCAGGCCAUGGAUCCUGCCUAUGAUCCACAUGCCUCCAUCCAUGAGCAGCACAAGAAAACGCUAGUCUCGGCGUUGCAUGUGUGGCUAGAUGGUUUUCCAGAGGACUGGCAUGAGGACAACUUGCAACAGAUCCUGGGUUUUGCCAACAAGCGACUGAAACGCUCCGACUUGCACAUCAAGGUGUUGAAUCGUCUAGAGCGUCUUAUUCGACAGGCUUGUUAUGGAAAUGGUGGCACAGGUGGGGGCGGCGGUGGUGGUGCCUUGGAGGGCAAUGGCCUCUCUUGGCUUUCGGCUGCUGGAUCCCAGCCAGUGCAGCAGUUCCUGAUACCCACACACUAUGGCUCCUCGUAUGACCUCACCGAUCAGUUCAAUGGCCUGUAUCUCUCGCCCAUGGGUCAUGGGCCCAUCUACCGUGGACCCACACAUUUCCUGCAGGCUUUCCGCUUUCCCCACGUACCUGUGAGGCAUUUUGCCGAGCAGCUGACCCGCAUGGACACGGAACUGUUUAAGCGAUUGAUACCCCAUCAGUGUUUAGGACACACAUGGGCUCGAAGGGAUAGCGGUGGCUCGGAGACUGUGGUGGCCACCAUUAACCAGUUUAAUGCCGUACUCUUUCGAGUGGUGUCCAGCAUACUGAUAGAUCGACUAAAGCCACAGGAGCGCGCUCUAAACAUUUCACGAUGGAUUGACAUUGCCCAGGAGCUGCGCAUGCUCAAGAACUUUAGCUCGCUGAAGGCCAUCAUUUCGGCCUUGAAUUCCAAUUCCAUCUAUAGGCUUUCCAAGAUCUGGGAGGUUCUGCCCAAGGAGAGAAUGGAAGUCUUUACGGAGCUGGCGAGAAUUUGUUCGGAGGACAAUAAUGCCUGGACUCUGCGAGAGGUCCUAAAACGUGAGGGAACAGCCAAGAAUCCAGAUCCAGGCAGCGAUCAAACUGACCGGCAUCUUCAAAAGCUCAUCCUAAACCUGGGCACACAGACCUCUCACGGCACGAUACCCUAUCUGGGUACCUUCCUCACCGAUCUGACCAUGAUCCACACAGCCAAUCCCGACUACCUCACCGAGGACAAGUUGAUCAACUUUGACAAGAAACGCAAAGAGUUUGAGGUUCUGGCGCAGAUCAAGCUGCUUCAGGGUGCGGCCAACACAUAUAAUCUCCAGGCGGAUGCACUCUUCGAUCACUGGUUCAACUCGAUGCCGGUCUUUGAUGAACGUGAAGCCUUCGAGUUGAGCUGCCGACUUGAACCACCGCCACCUGCUCCAAGGAAAUCGGUGGUCAGUACGAAUACAUCGCUCACGAACACCACCAACUCUUCGACUGCCUCAAUUAUGGGACACCGGAAGACUGACUCCAUACACUCCAAUUCGAGCAGCGGAGCGGGAUCGCAGUUCUAUUGUGAGUUAAAUAGCAGCACCAGUUCCAGGCACAACUCCCUUGACCGGGAUGCCCAUCAUCAGCAUGCCUCCCUCAUGUCCGCCUCGAGUAGUGUGUCCAAUCUGUCGCUGGAUUCGAGUAACUCCGGUGGCAGGCAGUCUGGCAAGCUCACACAUUCCCAAUCGAUGGGAAAUGGCCUAAAGUCGCAUGGAAAUGGCACAAACGGUGGCUCACCACACAUUAAUGCCCAGCUGGUGCAGCCUUCGGGUGGAACUCCGCAGUCUGCACCGGAUUUCUACAUCAUUCGAGUCACCUACGAGACGGAUAACAUCGAGCUGGAUGGGAUUGUCCUAUACAAGAGCAUAAUGCUGGGUAAUAACGAGCGAACGCCGCAGGUUAUACGCAAUGCAAUGCUAAAGCUGGGUCUGGAGGAUGAUCCCGAUAGAUUUACCCUGGCGCAGGUGCUGCCCGACAAGGAGCUGGUCAUGCCGAAGAAUGCGAAUGUUUACUAUGCGGUCAACACGAAUUACAACCUCAACUUUAUCCUGAGACCGCGCAAGGAAGAGGGCGUGGCUGGCAGCUAGUCGAUAGCCGUGCCUCUGUCCCAAUUGUGGUGUCUGGGAUACGAGGGCGAGGAGUAAGGAUGAGUAGUGAGGAUUAAGGAUUGUAUAUAGCUAGAGCUCGACUUGUCCAUGACAAAAAGUUGAAUAUUCUACCUAAGUUAAGUUAUUUAUUGAGAGAGCGGAGAAAGGAGAUGAUUCGAUUAGCGGUACCGAUUAUUUCGAUAAAUGGCUUUCGAUUUCAAACCCGUCAAUUAGUAAUUAUUGUAAUCUCUAAUUUCUCCCAAACCAACCCAAAACAUAUAUAUUAUAUAGAGACUCUACUGGAAUAUUUGCUGAUAUUUACACACUCAAGAUACUAUAUAUUUAUGUAUAUGUACAUAUUAUACAUAUAGAUAUACACAACCAUUGAUAUUCUAAAUGUGGUACAAUAAUUUUGAAUCUUGGAAACAGAUAUUAAGUUAAAUCUGAACAUUACUUUGAGGAUUUUCCACACACAAACAAAACAAAACAAACAAACAACAAAGGCGUAUUUGUAUAGAUGUUUUUACCCACUGUACGUGUAUUAAAAAUACAAAAUACAAAAUAUACAAUUAACGAUAAGUCCGAUGAGUGCACAAAAAGCAGAUAAUGUUUUAUCGAUAACUUUAGCCAGUUAAGAAUUAUUGUAUUUGAGUUUUUGUAAGUAAUCUAUACUGAAAAAGUAACGAGAGAAUGAAACAAAUUAUACAUUUACGAUCUAUAUUAAGGAUCUGCUUAAAUUUAUACAUAUUAAAUAUGCUAAAGUGAAGAAAGAUGUAAGAAACGAAAAAAAACAGAUAAAUAUUGUAAAUAAAUAAAUGA